AUGCCGCGCCGUGGUCGCCACGCCGAGCCCACCAACUCUGGUCGCCGGGGCCGCAGAACCCAUGCUCUGGCGGCCGACGAUGUGGCACAGGGUGUCCCCUUUGUCAUGGAUGGUAUUGCCGAACUUGAUAUCGAGGGCCUCAAUUUGGAUGGGGGAGAUAUGUAUGGAUACCCACCAAUUGCACAAAUGGCACCUUUCGUUAUUGCAGCGAACCCCGUACCAACACCAGCUCAAGCUCCAGCUCUGAGACACACCAUGCUGGUCGUUGUUCUAUACGAGAUACCACCACAGAAUGGCCAGUUUGGAGCAGAAGGGCGAAGAUUCCACCUCGACCAGGACACCUUGUUCACACUGUUACCGAGAACCAGGUUCGCCGUGAGACGAGGUGCUCUCGAUCUCCGGAGCUUCUUCCUGCCAGAAGACAUGGAACCCCACCCACCGUCUAUAAUCCAUCGGGCACUGCAUUUCCUCUUCAGUCACCUCGAAGAACACUCGCGAACGGGGACAUUGGACAUGUUUGGAAGCGCCGAGCAGCAGAUUGAGCACGGCUCAGUCCGUACCAGCGUGGUGAAGCGAUGGGCAGCCAUGGUGCACGCCUUGUGCGUUAUCCUGAACAAUGACAAUGGGCUGGGAUGCUCGGAGGGCCUGCUAGGGCACAUACUCAACUUUUUUGAGCUUCUCAUUCAGGACAUCCACAACCUCAUUGGCUGGGACGAGACGACAAUUCUCUUUGAGGCAUUCGCUGGAGUUUUUCGCACGGAGAGACGGGACCUGACCAGUCAGCUCAACAGGAUCUGGGACAGAUUCGACCCCGAGGUCCAGGAGCAGCUGCUACGCGACAUGAGACGAGCGCUGCCGGCUGAGGGCAUCGACGGGAUGGCGCACCGCAUGUAUCGAGCCCUGGGAUACUAA